AUAUAAAGCAGAGCGCCUAUGCGAGGAUUGAUUGGCCUACGGAAGGAGACGAAGUUGCUGCGUCCGUCUCGUCGUCCGCGGCCGCCGUGUCUCGCGCCUCUCCAGCGAGCCGCUCUGCCGCCUCAGCACAGCUCCUGUGUCCUAAGGAGGACAGUUUACUGCCACCUCUCACUCCUCUUGCUCACAAAGAUCCAGCCGUUAGUUCUGCUAAAGGUGCUGCUGUACGAAACACUUCUUUGUUAUCGCAAGUAAAACUCGACGAAUCUGCAGACUCUUUGUCGAUAUCGCCCGUUUCCUCGCCUGUAAUGACCUCCGUCGUGUCAACGCUAACGGACUCACAGCCUGCCCAGGCCUCCACCUACACAUUCAGCUCCAUCCUGAGCAACCCUUCCUCCCUGUCAUCGCUCUCUAAGAGCGGCAACGCUAGCAUAUCCUUAGUAUCGUUGAGCCCUAAUAUUCAGAGCAGCCAACCUUCACUUUUUAACCCUCCUUGUGCCAUCUCCUCGAAGAAUCCGGCGGACGGUUCUCUUUAUAAUCCUCUUCCUAAUCCACGAGCGAGCACCUCAUUUUCAAACUCGUCGUCUACGUUGUUUGCGAGUUCAGCUUUGUCGUUCUCCACGUCAUCUCCAUUGUACUUGAGUUCAAAUUCUCCUUUCCCUCCGUACUCCUCGUCGCUCUCUUGCUCCUCGUCUCGUCUUGGUGUGACCGUCGGGAGCAGCAGCUCAAGCGGCGCUUUGUUCGCGCCGUGCCGCGUUCUUCAUAACAGGGAGGAAGCCAGUGACCGGAGUGAGUCCCAACAAAGCGAAGCUGAUAAUUUCUGUGCUGUCACUGAGGACAUGAGCAACAGUAACAGUAAUGACGUUGAUAUUCUCUCUGGCUGCGCAGAGUCGCUACCUGUUACGGAUUCAUCUCCGUCCAAACGACUCAGGUUUAGCAUUGAAGAAUUGGCAGAUAGAAACACGUGUUCCCCUCUGCUUGGCAUGGUUAGAGGAGGCUCGUGUAACGCCGAAGAGAAGCUGUCAACCGCGCCUGCAAUUAUUACUGUAAAUCAAGCCGAUGUUAUCUCUGGGGCCAACUCUGUGUCGGUUACGAACACUGGUACUGGUUCAGCUCUAUCAGGGGCCAAUGAUGUGCAUUUAUUCGGGCCAGAUGGCCCGGUGUCCAUCAGUUUUGUGCAGGAGUCGGUCGCUGACGCUCCUGUCACUCACAAGAAACUAGAUUUUUGCACUCACGGAGUCGAUUCUCUUACGACUAAAGAAAACCAUUCCGCAAGUACAGGUGAUGAUUUAUCUAAGCCUUUAGUGAAUUUAACUUCUAAAGCGGCUAAGAAAGUCUUGGGUUCCGAUGAGAAAGAAAUUUCAGUUUCUGCAGCAAGUGUUGAUAUUGUGCCUCAUGAUCUCGAAUUUGAUGUCGUGGCGGACGGCAGUUGCAGCAGCAGCAGCGCAAGCGAAGACUCUGAGCUUACGUGCCAAGCUUCGGUUUCUGUGUCACGGUCCAAAAAUAAUCGUCGGCUCAGACGGCGAGCAAAAAUGAAGCGAAUUGAAGAACGUCGCAAAUGGCUUGCCCGCGAGAAAAAGCUUCUUUUCUCGGGUUUGAAAAGUCAUCGACCUCUGACUCGGUCUCUCGAUAAGCAGAAGAAAAAUUCGGCCUCUAUUCAGAGAGAUCACAGGGCAGAACUUUGCACUGAAGAAAUGGUGACUAAUGAAGAUGCUUUGGACGACCUGCAGGUGGACUGCGAUCCUCUGAACGUUGACACUGUAGACUGCGUGCAGGUGAGCGUUUCUGACGUGGACUGCGCGGACGCCGGCGACGCAGCGUCGUCCAAAAACAUCGAUGUCGGUACGAACUCUGAGCUCAGCGACCUCACGACCUUCGGCAAGACCGCUAUGGAUAAAGAAAAUCGCUCAGUUGGUCCUGAAGCAAACUUAAAGACUUGUUCUGUUGUGCGAUCCCAGGCCGACGAAUUUUGCAGCAGCAAGGAUUCUUCAUUUAAAAUUGGUCGUGCGAAAACUCCAAGUAUUAGCCCGAUGGUCCUCUACUCCAUGCCUCCGUACAAAGAGAAGGAAAAGCAGACGCGCACAACCCUGAUGCUGCAUGAAAAAGUGAAGGUCAUCGAGGCAUUUCUUGACGGCAAAUCUCAGCGUCAAAUAGCGCACCUGCACAACAUAGGCAAGACACAAGUGAGCGGCAUCAUCAAGAAACGCGAGGACAUUUUAUCCUUGUACCGCAGCAACCUUCUUCGGGGCGACAAACUCACGGCCAAACGCCAACGCAGGAGCGAGUACGCGCUGCUCAACGAACAUCUUAUCAAGUGGUACCGUCACAUCGCAGCCGGCACCAAGAUCACCACGGGCAUGCUCAGGGCUAAGGCCCUCCAGAUCGCUCCUCAGCUCGGCUACCACGACUUCAAAGCCUCUAAUGGCUGGCUGGCAACCUUUAAAGGUAACAACAACCUCAAGUUCUCCAGGGCGAUCAGUAAUAACAAUGCCGGGGAGUCUGUCAACAACAACAACAACAAUGCUAAUAAUAACAAUUAUCAUAACAUCAGCAAGGCUGAGAUGCCUGAGCGCUCGAAUGCCCCUGCCAUGGCGGAUGAGGCCUCUUACUUCGAAGAGGCCGACGUCGAGACCAACACCACGGAGGAGGAAGAUCCCAACCCCUUACUGGGCACCGAAGGAGGCCCGGGGCCUAUCAUGGACCCUGUGGGAGGGAGCAGCCUCAUGGGGCGCGUGGUGGGGGGAGGAGCUACUGGUGAAGGUUUGCCCUCUGCAGGAGGUCCGUGUUCCGGAGGGUUCUUAACGAGUCCGGGGCUACUACAAGGCGCCGCGGCGGCCAUCUUGAAGUGCGGUGUUAGUGUCGCCGGUCAGUCUGCUUCUAAUUUACCUCCUCAGUUACCCAUGGAGGCGUUCCACCUCAGCCGCUCAGCUGGUGCUAUGGACCAUAACUCCGCUGCUGCUCACCACCACCCUCACCAUCAUCAUCACCACCACCACCCUGCGCCCGCAGGACCUCCCUCCCUCUCCCUCGCCGCCGCCAGUAAAGGCGACGCGGCAGCUGCAGCAGCUGCGGCUGGGGUCCUUGGGUACAAAUCCGAGGAACCUCUUGGCUAUGGCAGCUACGACCAUCACCAUCAUCACCACCACCAGCUGCAGGCCAGGAUGGCACCUGAUCAGCUGGCACCACAGCUGGCAGGGCGAGCUAUGGCAGGCGAUCAGCUGGUCGGCAGGAUGGGUGAUGGAGGAGGCAGCGCAUCUGUUGCCUCAGCUGCAGCUGCAAGCUCUAGUGCUGCAGCUGCUGCUGUAGCUGCCGCUGCACGCACCUCUGAGUACAACUACGCUCCGUACACAUUCCCGUCAGGCUACUACGGCUACCACUUCCUCGGCCAGUACUAAAAUACCUGCGUCUCCCCUUGUACUUGAACCGACCACUCGAUGCUGCUCAGGCUCAUGCCGCCUCACAGGACGCGUGCGUUCACUUAAAAUAAUUAAAAAGAAUAAAAUUUAUCAAUUACAAAAUAAUUAAAUAUUGGGUGCCAAAUUAUUUAUUUCGCAUAGUAUUUUGAAGCCAAUCAUGAGGCAUUCGAUCGCCGUAUUUUCUUUCUUGUCAGCGAAAUGAACGUCUCUGUGUA